GUCGCUGCGCUGGAAUGGCAGCAGUAAAUCCCAAAAAUUAAAAUUAAAUUUCUUGUAAUUUGUAGUACAUUCACUGCUGAAAAAAUUCAUUUACAAUGGUGUCACGAAGUUUAACUGAAGUGUUUUUGUUAAUGCGUAACAAUGCAAUACACAGCCGACAUAUAUUCGCAGAACAGAGCGGUCAGUCGGAACGUGUGAGAUUGAUGAGAAGCAGCUCGCAAGAUGCUGAAGCAGGUGUUGAACUCCGAACAGAAUCCAAUGCCCCUCCACCGUGGACUGACACAUUGGAAGAACUACAUUAUGUUAUUACCAGACUUAAAACCAAAUUGUCCGAAUUGCAAGCGCGCCACGAGCGGCAGAUCCGGCGGCCGGCGUUAGACGAUACCAGUGAACAGCAACAUAUAGGAAGACUGACGUCCGAGAUAGGAAGGCAUUUCAAUACCGCACACAGUCACUUGACAGCUAUCAAGGCGCAAAUGAGGCAUGGCAGCAAAACAGAGCAGAAACUAACAGCGAACGUAGUUCUGGCCCUCGUCACGACACUCCAAGAGUUGAGCAUCCAAUUCAGAUCAGCUCAAUCCAACUACCUCCGUUCCCUCACCUCCAGAGAGGAAAGGUCGAACGCUUACUUCGACCUGCCGAACUUUGAGGAACUAAGUUUAGAUGACAACGAAUUAACCGGUCUAUCGAGUAACCAAACCGAUUUGCUUUUUUCGUUACCGAGUACAUCCGGUACCCAAAAAGGCUACGAUGACCCAGAGACGUAUGAGAAACAGGUUAUGAGUCAAAAACAGUUGCUCCUUUUACAAGAGGAAAACACAAAGAUGAUCUCGGAGAGGGAGGAAGAGGUUAACAAAAUUGUUAGAUCUAUAACGGACUUGAAUGAAAUAUUCAAAGAUCUAGGCCAAAUGGUACACGAACAGGGUACUAUAUUGGACAGGAUAGAUUACAAUAUUGAGCAAACGCAGACUCAAGUGUACGAAGGUUUAAAACAAUUGCAGAAAGCUGAUAGUUAUCAUAGGAAAAAUAGAAAGAUGCAUUGUAUAUUAAUACUGGCUGUGUUUGUUGUAGUUUUGUUUGCUUUGUUGGUAAUUGUUAAGAGUUAGUUAAGGUAGGAUGAAUGAAAGCAGGUUGACUAAGCAGAUAUACAAGGAGAGUGUGGAGGGAAUGGUCGGAGUGGGAAGGCCUAGACGAACGUAUCUUGAUCAAAUUAAGGACGUCCUGGCAAAGGGUCAGGUCAAGAGUACCCGAAACCGCCGACCUUGCAUGAAAAGAGUUAUGAAUGUGGAUGAAGCGAAAGAAGUAUGCAGAGGUCGUGGCAAGUGGAAAGUAGUAGUCUCUGCCUACCCCUCCGGGAAAGAGGCGUGAUUUUAUGUAUGUAUGUUAAGAGUUAGUUUGUGGCCUGAAAUGCAUUUUAAGGAUAAUGCCGGUAACGCUACCUAUGCUGAUCGUCUGAUGAUCAAGAAUCGGCGUUAUGGUAUCAUUGAUAAGGGAAAAACUGCACGGAAUAGCAACAUCCACUUAUGUAGCGGAUACCUCAAUUGGUACCGGUAAUUUUUUAGGUUCGUUACCGGUACUUGCACGGGACGGAUAUGGCAAGAACCGCUGAGUACCGGUAAAAAAUCAACAUUUUUGUACCGGUAUCAAAUCUUGGUUCGAAGUGAGUGUAGUUGAACGCCUUAUAUUUCGUAGUUAAAAUUAAGUUUACAAUAUUUGUAUUCGAUUAUGUUUAUAGAGAAGAGAAUGUAAAUUAUGUUGUUUGUACAUACAUAGUUAGGUAAGAAAUUAAUAACUUUCAGAAACGUAGACACGAGAAAUAUUAAAUUGCCUACUUUUCUAAAUAUACUAAAUCAAAACAAACAACGUCAUAAAAAUAUUUUAACAAAUAAUAUUAAUUAAUUUUGUUUCAUUGAAAUAAUGAUACAAAUUAUGUCUUUCACAAAUAUGUAAAUAAUUUAAGUUAUUAUUACUUAUAUGCACAUUCUAGUCUAUUCCUGGUGUUAAGUUAGAAUAAGGUGUAUUUAUUUAUUUAAGAGUGUUUUUAUUGUAAAUGUAAGUAUGGUAUUGGUAUGGUAGUGCAGAUAGAAAUUUACAUACACAUACUACAUACAUAUAAUCACGUCUAUAUCCUUUACGGGGUAGACAGAGGUAACAGUCCCGAAAAUACUGAUAGGCCACGUUCAGCUGUUUGGCUUAAAACGAUAGAAUUGAGAUUAAAAAAAAAUAGUCAUUUUUUGGAAAUUAAUUUAACUGACUUUGAAAAAGGUACGAAAUGUUUUGUUUACUAUAAAUAAGUAGUUUAUGAUUUUUUUUCUCUAUGAUGGCCAAUGGUACAACGUGCAUGCAAACCACUAUUAUUUAGUAAGUGUGGCUAUACCCCGGACACUUCCAUGGUCCUUUGAGGCUUUUGACUUUAACAGAUCACUUAAAAAUUGUCAUAUUUUUUUAGUUUACCAACAUUGGUAGACGUCAAAUAAAUUACUUACAACUUUACUGACGUCAGUGUUAGUUAGUCAGUUGUUACCGCUUCUUCUGCACUGACGCCUUGGAAGCGGCAGUAAACUUAGUUUUAAGUAAUUUAUUUGACGUCAACCGAUUAUAAAGCGAUAUGAUAGUAUCCUAUAAUAUAAUGAAUAAAAAUUUUGAAUUUGAGUGCAGAAGAAGCGGUAACAAACCGCACUGCAGCAUUAUCUUUGUCGUCCAACCAGUAAAGGAUAUUGAUGAUUUGUGUGUGUGUGUGUAAAUUCCAUAAUUUUCUUUCUGCGCAAUGUUGUGUGUGCCAAUGAGUUUAUAUAGAUGGAUUUCCAUAAAUAUUACAUUCCUCUUCAGAUCAGAAAUCAGAAUUUGUUUAUUUGCAAAAAUCUAUUUGAGUGUCCUCUAUUUUUCUUUUUGUUUGUUGGUAUGUUUGUACGUUGGAGAGUUCCCUUAGUCGCCUUUUACGAUAUCAAUGGGAACGGGAUGGAGUAGUCCUUUUUUUGUUGGUGCCUGGAACAACACACCACGUAAAAACAUACCAGCAAAAAUUUAUACUUAAAGAUAAUUCAAUUAUUACAUUUUGGUUCAAAUUAUCUUUGUAGUAUAAAUGUCCAAUUGUCCAUAUCACCUUCCAUUAUCGCAAAUUGUCUAGUAAUGCAGUGAAU